UCAAGCGCGCGCAUACUAGCCGUUAGUAUGGCGUAGCAGUGCCGCGUAGACGUCUGUACCAGCGCUACGUAUAGUGCUACAAGAAUUUUGAAUUACGAAUUCGUGUACUGUGCUACUUUGUUGAAUGGAUAUUCUAACGUGUUUUGUGCGUGACUUUUCUAAAGAAAAUUUAUUGGAUAAGGACCCAACAAUGAAUGCGCAAACCACAUCCUGAAGCAUCAUGACUUGCCCAUUUCGUCGUGCCGCAUCUCAACACCAAUUCGCCAACGGCUCAGGAAGCCGGAAUCCUGGGUUCCGGUCACGGCAGUCCUCCGUUCACCUACCAGGGCCUGAAGAGGAUGAUGGAGAUAAUAACACACUCACCUUAAAGAACUUAAGUGAAGCACUCAAAUUGCUUACAGCGCCUUCAAAUGAAUGUCUGCAUGCAGCGGUGACAGCGCUGACGAAGAAUCAAGCCGAGCACUACGAUAAAUACCACUGCUUGAGGAGAUUGCCAGACGAAGUGAAAACCUGUCGAAAUUAUGCCUACCUACAGGAAAUAUACGACGCGGUUCGAGCUACAGACAGUGUAUGCACGAAAGACUUUAUAGCGAAACUAGGGGAAUAUUUAAUUUUGACAGCAUUUUCUCACAAUUGUCGGCUGGAACGGGCGUUUAAAUGCUUAGGAACUAACUUGACUGAAUUUCUUACUACGUUAGACAGUGUUCACGAUGUACUACAUGAUCAGGAUGAUGUGUUCAAAGACGAGACGACGGAAACAGAAGCGGCUUUUGUUUGUACAUCGCACGCAGGGAACAUAGAACUACACCUUACAACGGAGAGUGAGCCAGUGGCCUAUAUGCUCGUUGGAAGUCUGCGGGCGAUCGCGCGGUUACUGUACGAUACCCAUGCGGAAAUAAGACUGAUGAGCUAUACAAACGAUCCUAGGCGAUUUAGAUACGAGAUAAGUGCGGUGCCCUUACAUCAGAAAUCUAAAGAAGAGAACUGUGAGGUGCACAGCGAAGCGGUGUCAGUUGCUGCGUCAACUAAUGUCCACGACCUGAAGAUCGGAGUUGCAAGCUUUUGCAAAGCAUUUCCCUGGCAUUUCGUGACUGACAGGCGCUUGGAGCUCGUACAAUUAGGUGCUGGCUUCAUGCGCCUCUUUGGAACACAUCUGACAACACACGGGUCAUCACUCUGCACGUACUUCCGUAUGCUGAGGCCCAAAAGCGUACGACUGGACUUCCAAGAGAUCCUCAAACGCGUCAACACCCCUUUUAUGUUCUGCCUGAAGAUACCAGGGAAUUCAUUGGCCGAGGGCCUCGAAUUAAAGGGACAGAUGGUUUUUUGCCCCGAGUCGGAUUCCUUACUUUUCGUCGGGUCACCCUUUCUCGAUGGACUCGAAGGUCUCACUGGCAGGGGUUUAUUUAUAUCCGACAUUCCAUUACACGACGCCACAAGGGACGUGAUCUUAGUCAGCGAACAGACUAGGGCGCAGGACGGACUUCGUAAAAGAAUGGAUAAAUUGAAGAACUCAAUAGUAGAACUAAGCAAAUCCGUUGCGAAGGAGAGAGAAAAGAAUGUCAGUCUUUUACAUCUUAUAUUUCCACCACACAUCGCGAAGAGACUUUGGCUUGGUGAGGCGAUAGAGGCAAAAAGUCAUGAUGAUGUCACAAUGCUGUUCAGUGACAUUGUCGGCUUCACCUCAAUAUGCGCUACAGCCACGCCCAUGAUGGUAAUAGAUAUGCUCGAGGACUUAUACAGCGUGUUUGAUAUAUUCUGCGAAGUUCUGGAUGUUUAUAAGGUGGAGACUAUUGGCGAUGCAUAUUGUGUUGCUAGCGGACUACAUCGGAAAAUAGACACUCAUGCGCCGCAGAUUGCUUGGAUGGCGUUACGUAUGGUGGAAACUUGCGCACAGCACUUUACACACGAGGGAAAUCCUAUUAAGAUGCGCAUAGGCCUCCACACGGGCACAGUACUCGCUGGUGUGGUGGGUAAAACUAUGCUGAAGUACUGUCUCUUCGGGCACAACGUGACGUUGGCAAACAAGUUCGAGUCUGGCUCCGAACCGUUGAUGAUAAAUGUCAGCCCUACAACUUACGAGUGGCUAAUCAAGUUCCCGGGUUUCGAGAUGGAGCCGCGAGACAGGUCGUGUCUCCCGAAUUCCUUCCCAAAGGACAUUCCCGGCACUUGUCAUUUUCUACACAAGUACACGCACCCGGGGACAGAUCCAGACGCAAGCCAGGUAAAACAUAUUGAGGAUGCGCUUAGAGACUUUGGCAUAGGACAGACCAAGCCAGCAGACGUAGAGAGCGAAGAUCCAACAUAGUCAUCAUAGACAUUUUAAAAUUUAAUAUUACAUUCCAAAGAUGCAAAUAGCUACUUUUGUUAGAACGAACCAUUUACAAGAUUUUAUUAUACUAGCGGAUCCAAUAGACGUUUUCCUGUACACACGUCUAACAUACAAAAAAACAAUUAUAAAUCAUUCUCGACUCCACUUGAAGACACAAAAAAGUUAUCAAAACCUGCCGUUUAGGCGUAUAAUUACGAACACAUGCACAGAAGGUUUAUAUAUAUAUAUACCAGAUGUUUCUGAUAAAUAACUUAGAAACCGACUGCAGCACCAUCUACUGGGC